AUGGCGGAGACCGACAGGGCGGAGGCGGCCGCGCCGCGCCGAGCCGAGGAGGCGGUCGGCCAAGCGCCACAGCCGCCGCCGCAGCAACAGCAGCAGCCGGCACCGCAACAACAGACGCCGCAACAGCCGCCGCAGGUAGAGGAGGCGGCGGCGGCGGCGGCGGCGGCGGCCGCAGCACCCGGUAGCGGCGCGGGCAGCGCAAAUGGCGUCAAAAUGGAUAAUGAUGAGACAGCAAAAGAAGGGAAAGCACCUGUGAAAGAGAAGUUCGUUGCAAAAGCGAAGGCAAUCCCUUCUCUUGGAAACAAGAAUAGAUUCCACCCCUAUGCAAAGGAGAAGAAUGCAGGCUCUGGGGACAAGAAGGCUGUUAAUCGCAAUAGAGUUUUUAUUAGCAACAUCCCGUAUGACAUGAAAUGGCAAGCUAUUAAAGACCUGAUGAGAGAGAAAGUUGGUGAGGUUACAUACGUGGAGCUGUUUAAGGAUGCUGAAGGAAAAUCAAGGGGUUGUGGUGUGGUUGAAUUCAAAGAUGAAGAAUUUGUUAAGAAGGCAUUAGACACUAUGAACAAAUAUGAUCUUAGUGGAAGACCCCUGAAUAUUAAAGAGGAUCCUGAAGGGGAACAUGCUCGCAGAGCACUACAGCGUGGAGGAGGGCAGUUUCCAGGAGCACAUGGACCUGAUGCGGCACCUGGAAUGAUGAAUUUACCACCUUCUAUUCUCAAUAAUCCAAACAUUCCUCCUGAGGUUAUCAGUAAUUUGCAAGCAGGCAGGCUUGGAUCCACGAUUUUUGUUGCCAAUCUUGACUUCAAAGUUGGCUGGAAGAAACUGAAGGAGGUCUUCAGCAUUGCUGGAACUGUGAAGCGUGCAGACAUCAAAGAAGAUAAAGAUGGCAAGAGUCGAGGAAUGGGAACAGUUACUUUUGAACAAGCAAUUGAAGCUGUUCAAGCGAUAUCUAUGUUCAAUGGACAAUUCCUGUUUGACAGACCCAUGCAUGUAAAAAUGGAUGACAAAUCAGUUCCUCAUGAAGACUUCCGUGUUGUGGACAGCAAAAGUUCACAAUUACCUCGUGGUCUUGGUGGCAUUGGUAUGGGACUUGGACCAGGUGGACAGCCCAUCAGUGCAACACAGCUGAGCAUGGGUGGUGGAAUGGGGAGCAUGGGUCCAGGAGGUAUGGGAAUAGACGGCCCAGGAUUUGGUGGAAUGAGUAGAAUGGGAGGCGGACUUCCUGGAUUUCGUGGAAUGGAAGGAAUGCCUAACAUGGGAGGAUUUGGAGUCAACCGAAUGGGAGAAAUGUUCCGUGGUGGAAUGGGAGCAAACAUGGAAAGAGAAUUUGGUCGUGGUGACAUGGCAUUGAACCGUGGUUUUGGAGAGUCUUUUGGAAGGAUGGGUGGUGCAAUGAUUGGUGUUUUUGCAGGAGGAAUGGGAGCACCUAGCAUGGGCCCAGUAAGAUCUGGAAUGAGUGGUGGAAUGGGUGGUAUGAACAAUAUGGCUGGAGGAAUGGGAAUGGAUCGGAUGGGUUCCGGUUUUGAUCGAAUGGGACCGGCCAUGGGUGGAGGCCUGGACAGGAACAUGGACAUCGAUCGAGGAUUUGUGCCUGGCCCGAUGGGAGGUGGCAUGAGAGAGAGAUUAGGCUCUAAAGGCAACCAGAUAUUUGUGAGAAAUCUUCCUUUUGACUUGACCUGGCAGAAGCUAAAGGAGAAAUUCAGUCAAUGUGGUCAUGUAAUGUUUGCAGAAAUAAAAAUGGAGAAUGGAAAAUCAAAGGGCUGUGGAACAGUCAGAUUUGACUCACCAGAAUCUGCUGAAAAGGCCUGUAGGAUAAUGAACGGCAUAAAAAUCAGUGGCAGAGAAAUUGAUGUCCGCUUGGAUCGCAAUGCGUAAUUUAAAACUGUGUGUUCAGGAACAUUCCUAUGUCUGUUUAGCUUCUCUAUCUUAGUAAGUCAUUUUUAGUAACAUUGUAUGCUUACAAAAGCUGUAAAAAGGAACUUUUAAAUCCCACCAGCCUUUAACAGUAUAGUGUUUAAUAUACUGUGAUACUUGUUAACUGAAUCUUACUAUGUUUGGUUUUUAAAGACAAUUUGCCUGAUUUUUGUUGUUUUUUUAGAGGCACUGAGCACCUGCAGGUCCCUAUAGACUGUGGAUGCUUUGGAUGCUCAGUGCCUUUGGAAAAUUAGGCCAAGUGUCUCUAGUCAUUCAGUUUAAAUGAAUGGUUAUACUGUUUUUAAUAAAAUAAGCCAUUUUCUCUGUUAA